AAAAUAGGUGCAGGAGUAGGCCAUUCGGCCCUUCGAGCCUGCACGGCCAUUCAAUAUAAUCAUGGCUGAUCAUCCAACUCAGUAUCCUGUACCUGCCUUCUCUCCAUACCCCCUGAUCCCUUUAGCCACAAGGGCCACAUCUAACUCCCUCUUAAAUAUAGCCAAUGAACCGGCCUCAACUACCUUCUGUGGCAGAGAGUUCCACAGAUUCACCACUCUGUGUGAAAAAUGUUUUUUCUCAUCUGAGUCCUAAAAGAUAUCCCCCUUAUCCUUAAACUGUGACCCCCUUGUUCUGGACUAAUGGGAAAUGGGUCAAAUGGGAUAUGGUGACCCCUUGUUCUGUACUGUUCUGGGAUAUGGGUCAAACGCAGGUAGGUGGGACUAGUGUAGACGGCAGAUGUUGGCCGGUUGUGGGCAAGUUGGGCUGAAGGACCAGUUUCCACACUGUGUCACUCUAUGACUGAAGUUCUGCCCAGUUGGAGAGAACUUCCUCGCUUCAUCGGUCCUAACGUGACGUAGCUUAAACAUGUGAUGUGCUUGAGUUGAGACUCUUGCAGCACUACGGAGUAUUGGGAGCCUCAGAGAGAGAGAACAAACUUCUGUGGGGUCCUCUGUUUGAAAGUUUUGUUGAGAGACGCGCUUUGAGAGAUGUUCUCCUGGGGCCGUUCCGUGGACGCGAGAUAUGGAGUGGCGGUGUGGAAUUUCCAGCCAACUCAGGAGUGCCAUAUUCCCCUGCAAAUUGGAGACACAGUCCAUAUCCUCCAAGUGUUCGAAGGUUGGUACAAAGGAUAUUCCUUGAAAAACCGAUGUGUAAAGGGAAUUUUUCCUGCCUCUAUCAUUCACAUCAAACAUGCAACCGUUGAACUCAGAGGAAAACAAGAGAAUAUCAUUUCCACGGAGAUGCCCCUGGUACAAGAAAUCACAACCACCUUGAGGGAGUGGUCAAAUAUCUGGAAACAGCUGUAUGUGGCUGGACAAGUCAACAAGUUUCGCCAGGUCACCUCGAGGAUGUGCAACUUGAUCGAGAAAAGAUCUCAGCUUCUCUCGGGGACUAUGCCGCACGAUGAGCUAAAAGACUUGAAGCAGGAGGUUACCAUCAAAAUAGAUGCCGGCAACAAAAUGCUGGAACUGGACCUCGUUGUCAGAGAUGAGAACGGCAAUAUUCUCGAUCCGGACCACACCAGCGUCAUCAGCCUCUUCCAAGCACACAAGCGGGCAACGCAGCACAUCACAGAGCGGAUCCGAGAGGAAUCGCGUCAGAAUCAGAAUGAGUGCGGCAGAUUUGCGCGCUUGUCCUCAUCGCCCACCCACACCCUCUUCAUCUGGGUCCGCAACUUUGUCUGUAAAAUCGGGGAGGAAACCGAACUCUUCAUGUCACUAUAUGACCCAAACGAACAGAAGAUAAUCUGUGAGAACUAUUUAUUCCGCUGGGCGAGCACAGGCUUACCGAAGGAAAUUGACAUGCUGAAUAAUUUGAAAGUGGUGUUCACUGAUUUGGGAAACAAAGACUUGAAUCGUGAAAGGAUUUACUUGGUGUGCCAGAUAGUACGGGUGGGCCGAAUGGACCUGAAGGAGACCAACGUUAAAAAAAUGACUCAAGGAUUGAGAAGGCCAUUGGGGGUAUCAGCGAUGGACAUUACUGACAUUUUGAAAGGCAAAGCAGAAAGUGAUGAGGACAAACACCAUUUUAUUCCCUUCCAGCAAGUCACAGCUGAAAAUGAUUUCCUCCACACUUUAAUCCACAAGGUUGUCACUGCCAAAGACAUAAACCACAAAGGUCAAGGUCUCUGGGUUUCCAUGAAGUUACUUUCGGGUGACCUGAAGCAAAUUCGCAAGGACCACCCUCACCUUGUGGACCGAAGCACGGUGGUUGCCAGGAAAAUGGGGUUCCCUGAGAUCAUCAUGCCAGGUGAUGUCCGCAAUGACAUCUACAUCACUUUGAUGCAGGGAGAGUUUGACAAACAGAACAAAACCACGCAGAAGAACGUUGAGGUCACGAUGUGCGUCUGUGAUGAAAAUGGAGACGUAAUCCCGAAUGCGAUCUGCCAAGGUGCCGGAGACAAGGCUGUCACACAGCACCAGUCCGUGGUGUAUUACCAGCUGAAGCAGCAUCGCUGGAUGGAGACUGUCAAGGUUGCCAUUCCCAUUGAGGAUGUUCAGAGAACACACCUUCGCUUCACUUUCAAGCACAGAUCAUCUUCUGAUUCUAAGGACAAGGGAGAGAGAAUAUUUGCCAUGGCUUAUGAGAAACUAAUGAAACCAGAUGGAACAACCCUUAAAGAUGGCGAGCACAAUCUGAUCUUAUACAAGGGUGACAGUAGGAAGCUUGAAGAUGCCUCCAUCUACCUGAAUAAUCUGUCCAACAAGUCGAUGAGCGACCAGAAGGCGAGCCAGGCUUCCUCGUUCCGAAGCACCGGCGGAGGUCACCACAUAUGUUCGCGGGACAGCCUUCAGAUUUCCACCCUCGUCUGCUCCACCAAACUCACACAGAACGUGGACCUCCUGGGCUUGCUAAAAUGGCGCUCCAACAUCAGGGCUCUGAACGAGAACCUGAAGAAGCUGAUGAAGGUGGAUGGAGGUGAAGUCGUCAAG